GUUCCCGGAAGUGCAACCCAACCAGUACGACUUUAAGUGCACAAGGAAACGAUAUUUAUUCUGCUUCUUUUUCCUAGCCCGACAACCACACUUUCCCAACUUGGAUACUUUUUUAAACUCUUCAUUAUGCCUUUGUUUGCCCAAAACCCAUUUGACCAAGAUGUGGAGAAGGCGACAAAUGAAACCAACACGACAGACGACUGGGGGCUCAUUAUGGACAUUUGUGAUAGGAUUGGAACUACACCCAAUGGAGCUAAGGACAGCCUAAGGUCCAUCAUGAAGAGAGUCAACCACAAAGUGCCUCAUGUGGCCAUGCAGGCCCUGAAUUUGCUUGGCGCCUGUGUGUCCAACUGCGGCAAAAUCUUCCACUUGGAGAUCUGCUCCCGGGAGUUUGCGGGUGAAGUGCGCAGCGUACUGAGCAGGUCGCACCCAAAGGUGUGCGAGAAGCUGAAGACGCAGAUGGUGGAGUGGGCUGACGACUUCCAGAAGGAGCCUCAGCUCAGCCUGAUCGGUGCCACCAUCAAAUCGCUGAAAGAAGAAGGCGUCAGCUUCCCAUCGGUGACCUCGCAGGGGUCCGGCGUGAAGGUCAGCAACACUCCUGCCGCGAGCAAAGCGGUGGAUGACGACGGUGAUCUGGCCAAAGCCAUUGAGCUGUCCUUGCAGGAGCAGAAGCAACAGACGGAGGUGCGCCCCCCCGUCCUUCCCGCCGAUCCCCCCAACUACGCCAACAGCGAAGGCGGUGGUCCGGCGCAGGAAGCUCGUAAAGUUCGAGCGCUUUAUGACUUUGAGGCGGCUGAGGACAACGAACUCACCUUCAAAGCCGGAGAGCUCAUCCUGGUCUUGGAUGACAGUGAUCCAAACUGGUGGAAAGGGGAGAACCACCGGGGCCUGGGUCUGUUCCCAUCCAAUUUUGUCACCACCAACCUAAACAGUGAACUGGAAACAGUGUCUGCUGUGGAGAAAGUGGUCAGUGCAGAGGAGUGUAUCGUCGAACCCAAAAUUGAGCCUGAGCCCAUCUUCAUUGAUGAGGGGAAGAUGGACAGAACUUUGGCGCUGCUGCAGAAUGCUGAUCCGGCAGAUCCUACUCCAGACUCCUCUGAGCUGAUCCAGCUGGAGGGAGCUUGCGAGCAGAUGAACCCCAUGAUUGACGAGAAGCUGCAGGAGAUUGACAGGAAGCACUCUGAGUUGUCAGAGCUAAACGUGAAGGUUCUGGAAGCUCUAGAGCUGUACAACAAGCUCAUGAACGAGGCGCCGCUUUACCAGGCCUACUCGAAGAUGGCUCAGUUUGGACCUGUGCCCCCGCCAGUCGCAUUGCAGGGUUACCUGGGCCAAGCCACCACUACCACCGCUGCCGGCCACUACCUGCCGGCGGUGAUGCCACAGGCCUACAGUUUGACCAGCGAUCAGUCGGGGACGUUGCAUUCUCUGCCCAACAACAGCCAAGCUGCGCCACCAACCUACAUGAGCAGUGGCGUCAGCUCCCAUCCUCAUCAUCACUACAUAAACCAGGCAGCCGGUGGCACCGCCUACCCACAGAUGCCCGUCGACAUGUCGGCCUAUCAUAGCAGUGCCGUGCCGCCUGUGUCCUACCCUGCUGCUCCUCCUCCCGCGCUUGCCCCACAACAACAACAACACCAGGCACAAGGGACAUACUUCCAGCAGCCUCUCCUCUAAACACAACAGUAGGUUGUGCUGUUGUACAUGCGUGUGUGCGUGUGUGUGUGUGUGUGUGUGUGUGUGUGUGUGUGCGUGCGUGCGUACGCACGCGUGUGCGUGCGCCUGCCUUGUGUGUCCUGAUGACUACUUGUGUUUAAGAUGGCCCCCAUAGAAAGGAUGGACAUGCCCAUUUUCCCCACUUCCUGCCCUGGGCGGAAGUUGUUAAAGUGGACCUGCGAAUGUUCCAGCUUCUUACGUAAAUUGGUACCAAUACAGAACAGGGGCCGUUGAAGUGGACCCAUAAAUUUUUAGCUUCUCAUGUUGUGUCAUCCAUUUCCUGGUACGUCAACUUCUCUGUUCUUCAAGCACCACUUCAUGGGUGUGUAGGCUGUGAAGCCCCUUUCACCCUGCCCAACAAAGCCAGGGAAGGAGCUUUUUCCUUGUCCCUUUUUAUAUGUGUGAGGUAGCAAUGCCGAAUUUGGGAGUGGGUGUACCAGGUUUUUCACGGCUUUUCCACCCCAUGUCAUCGUGUGUGAAGAGACAGACACAAAAUGGUGGGGUUAAAAUUGGAUGAUGAAUUUUAUGGCUUCAGACGUAAGUCGGUUUCAGAAGCCCCUUUCAUGCUGCUCUUCAUAGCCGGCAGUCCCCCAUCUGAAUCCCAGACCCCACCCACGGGGCCCAGGUCUGUGUAUAAGGUACCACCAGGAAAGGAUGGGGGCUUUGAUGUUGACACAAUUUUUCUGGCUUCCAACAGAAGUUUUAGAAGCCCCUUUCACACUCCCUUUCAAAGCAGGGCAGAGUCCCCUGUGUCACAGUAUCAACACAAAGCUGUGUCGUUGAAGUACGUGUAAGGUGCCAACACAGAACGGUUGUGUUGAAGUCGACCCGCAUAUUUUCAAGUUAUCUGAAGCCCCUUUCACAGUGCCAUUAAACAGGCUUUUUUUACAGACUUUAAACUUUACAGACUUUCUUUUUCUCCACCUCGACGCAAUUCUGUAAGCUACUGGCACAGAACGAACUUUUUCACAGCUUUGUGUACCGACAUGAAACUGUGGGCAGUGUUGAAAGCGACUUGCAAAUCAUCCAGCUUUCAAAGCCCCUUUCAAGCAGUGUUUCCAGGAAAUUGAAAGAGCCUUCAAAACCUGACACUCUCCUCUUCGCCCUCCAUUUUGUGUCGAAAGCAAUUGUCAACCCGGAUAAAAAUCAACUGCUACCCAUUUUGUACUCCCUUAGUUGGGUGCCCCACCCCCUGCUGUACAGUGACUUGAUUCUUCUUAUGUAUAUUUUCCAUGUACAGUCGCACCUUAGCUUUGUACACUUGUAUUUACCACUGGAUGCCUUGUUCACCUGCGUAUCGAUACAAGCCUCACACAGGUGUGCUGCUACUGCUUGUGUAUCAUUAAUAAUAAUAAAUGUAUAUAUUCCA